AUGGUCGUCUCGGUACGCGCUCUCGCCGUUGCGGCUCUGGCAGCCGUCGCCGGCGUCGUCGACGCGAAUCCCCAGGCCGCCCCGUCUGAUGCCCCGUCCAUUGCUCCGACCGCUGCUCCGCCGUCCGCAGCCCCCUCGGCAGGCCUCGGGUCUGGGUCUGGCACCUGCAACAACUCGCCCUUGCUGUGCAGCCGCCAGUACAACAAGAUCACCCACAUGGGCGCCCACGACAGCUCCUUCCUGAGAGACAAGAGCACCCGCAACUCGCCCGCCGGCAACCAGUUCAAAAACGCAACCAUUGCCCUCGACGCCGGCUUCCGCCUGCUCCAGACCCAGGUCCACAAGGUCGACUCGGGCCUCCGCCUGUGCCACACGUCGUGCGGCAUCCUCGACGCCGGGCCGCUCGAUACCUGGCUGGCCGCCGUCGCCGACUGGGUCAGCCGCAACCCCAACGACGUCAUCACCAUCGUCGUCGUCAACUCGGACAAGGUGCCCGCCACCGACCUCGGUGCCGCCUUUGAGCGCUCCGGCAUCACCAAGUUCGCCUACAAGCCCGCCUCGACCGCCGCCACCACCACCUGGCCCACCCUCGGGACCAUGAUCGGCCAGCGCUCCCAGGUCGUCAUCUUCACCACGAACACAGAGGCCUCGCCCGCCCUGCCCUACAUGCUGCCCCAUUUCGUGCACAUCUUCGAGACCCCCUUCGAGGUGACCCAGCUCAACGGCUUCAACUGCACCCUCGACCGCCCCAAGGCCGCCGGCCAGCCCACCCAGGCCAUCUCCAACGGCUACAUGAGCCUCGUCAACCACUUCAAGGACCAGCCCUUCGACUCCGGCAUCAUCAAGAGCGUGGCCAAGUCGAUCGGCAUCAACUCCGACAUCCUGGUCCCAGACGUGGACAGGAUCGACACGGUCAACAACCCCGGCAACUCGACCGACGGCAACCUCGGCAAGCACCUCGAUCUGUGUAGCUCCGAGUGGGGGCAGCAGCCCAACUUUAUCCUCGUCGACUUCUGGGACCGCGCCAACCCCAUCGAGGCCGCCGACCGCCUCAACGGCGUGAGCAGCACCACGGGCCGCAAAGCCGUCGACCUGACGUCGGCGGCGCCCCGCGAGCUGGGGGCGCGCGCCACGGGUGUUGUGGUGGCGUGUCUGACGGCGACCUCGCUGUGGCUGCUGUAG